GUCAAGGAGGAGGCUGCGUGUAAAAGUGGGAGGAGCCAGUAGACGUGGAAACCAGGACAGGUGGUAACAGGUGAGCAGAACAGAAGUCAGACGCGUUUCACCGGGAGAGAGAGAAGAGUCCCCCGGGAAUACGGUUACCGUCUGACAUGACAGACGACAGCGGAACCUAGGAGCCAUUUUAUAACUUCGUUCCGGAGCGGAAAGCGACAACAGUGUUUGGGGAACAACAGCACGCCCAACUUUGGGUCCUGUGCACAGAGUGCCGUCGUUACGCGGCACCAUGAUCAGCUCGGAGAACCUGAGACCGGCCGGGAACGGACGGAAACCGCUCGGUAAACUCGCGUCCCGCCUGGAGGAGGUGAAGAACCCGUGGCGGCAGGUCGCCACGCUCGAGCUGAGCCACAACGAGGCGGCGCGGCUCGCGACGGACGCGCUACUGGAGCAAGGGGAGAAGGAGUACCGCCGCGUGCUCACCGAGGAGCGGGAACUCAACUUUCUGUCGCCGCUCGAGAUCCGCUACAUCACCGAGCAUGCCACCAAGGCGUGCGACGACAGCAACGGCACCGCCGGUUGCAACGAGCGGGACUUCGGGGACGGCGACGCGCUGUCGGAGCUCACCUCCGGGACCUACUUCCCCAUGAUGUCCGACGAGGAGCCCCCGAUGUUGGAGCUGGGCUGGCCCGAGUCCCCGCUGAGGUACGGCCCGUCCGAGACGCAGAUCUAUUUCCAGAGAGACAAGUCCCACAACGUCAAGGACCUGGUCCGGUCGCUGAUCAACAAAGCCACCAAGGUGAUCGCCCUGGUGAUGGAUGUGUUCACUGACGUAGACCUGCUGUGUGACCUGAUGGAGGCGUCCAGUAAGCGUCGCGUCCCCGUCUACAUCCUGCUGGACCACAACAACCUGGACGCCUUCAGCGACACCUGCUCCGCCCUGGACCUCCAGAGCACCCACCUCUCUAACAUGCGUGUGCGCAGCGUGUGCGGGGACACCUACUGUACGAAGAGCGGUCGUAAGUUCACGGGUCAGGUCCAGGAGAAGUUCCUGAUCGUCGACUGUGAGGAGGUCAUCGCAGGGUCGUACAGCUUCACGUGGCUGUCGGCGCAGGUCCACUCCAACAUGGUCAUGCACUUCUCGGGCCGCAUCGCCGACAGCUUCGACCGGGAGUUCCGCUGCCUGUACGCCGACUCGCAGGUCAUCGAGUGCUUCAGCGGGCCGGAGGACGAGGGCCAGCCCUACUACACCUACCCAGUGGCGGCCCCGCCCGCCGUGGGGCCCGGCGGCACGGGGGUCGGCCCCGGCCUGGACGUCUUCGAGAGGCAGCGGGAGCGCGUCUCCUCGGAGAACUCCAGCAGCCAGUCCAGCAGCAGCGUCUCCAGCGUGAAGGCGUCGCCGGGGAUGAGCUCCAGCACCGUCUACAAGGUCACGCAGGGCGGGGACAAGGUCAGCCCCACCCCCCACGCCCCCGAGAGGAGGGGAGGGGCCGGGGAGAGGGGGCGAGGGGGAGGGGGCGGCGGCCUGACCCCGACGUUGCAGAACCACGGCCUCCAGGGAACCCGCACCACCACCCCCAACCGGGUGACCAACCACAGCCCAGUCCCGGAGCGGACCACGCCCGGGUACGGCCAACCGGGCGGGAUGGACCGGCUCAAGUCCAGCCCGGCCGACUACCUGAGGCCCAACUUCAACUCCUCCAAGUUCCAGGCCAUGGGUCUGUACGACCACAAGCCCUCGGCCUAUCGCAGCGCGGCCCUGCCCCCCGGCGCCGGCCCCGGCCCCGCCUCCAACGCCCACUCCCCGCCCCCCACCGCCAACGACGGCAGGCUGAUCGCGCGGCGGCCGUCUGCUAACCCCUUCCUCACCAAGCUCACGGACCUCUUCCUGCCGCCCUCCGGCAAGGACCGGGAGCCCGCCGCGGGGCGGCGCCCCUCCAGGGAGGAGGCCAUCCCCAGCUGGGGGGGUCCCGACCUGUCCCUCCCCCAGCCCGAGAGCCAGCAGAGCCCGCCCCCGCCGCCCCCCGCCGUCGCGGGCGGCGGUUUGAACCGCAGCGACGCCAAGAGGAUGACGCUGGGCCACAGCAAGCUGGACCUGGUGAACCACUACAACAAGCUCAAGUCCAAGCACGUGUACAGCCGCUUCGAGCUCAAGAACGGGACCUAGAGCCCCCGGGGGCGGACGGCUGGGGCUCCUUGGG